AUGCCUGUCUCGUCGGCAAAAUUUCAUUCUGUUCAGGAGACCCAUGCGGGCACUGUUGGUUUAGGAUCAGGAAUCUCUCGAGCUACAGAUACUGACCGGCUUGUUCCCAGGAGGCUUUACACGACUAUUUGCCCGCCCUCGCUUGAUGAAUUCAAGGGUUUAGUCUGCCGCAAGACAGACCCAUCAUUGUAUCAACAUGCUACCUGCAUUGUAUCAAACAUUCCUGUGUACGACAUCUCAUUACUACCGAGACCGGGGUCAGAGCAGGAGAAUGUCGAUAGAAUCCAGGAUGAAUGGCACCACAUCUUACUUUCCGGACCUGGUGUAUUCGUUCUGAAGAAAUUAUACCCUUCAUCGCCGUCAACCCAAUUGCUAUUCCAGAAGGUGAACAAUAUCUUCGGCGACAUCAUCGAAUCUGAAGCCCACACGAAUACAUCUGGUGGGGAUCAUUUUGCUGCAAACGGCAAAAACGUGCGAAUCUGGAAUUCGUUUCAGAAGCAUGCAGUGUGCGACUCGUCAUCCUUCGUGCAGUAUUAUUGCAAUCCGUGGCUUGCCCUUGUCGCCGAGACCUGGCUAGGGCAAUCGUAUCAAAUCACGGCACAAGUCAAUAUUGUCAAACCGGGAGGAAAACCUCAAGUAAGCCAUCGCGAUUAUCACUUGGGUUUCCAGACAUCAGACCAGUGCUCAACUUUUCCCAAAGCCACGCAAACUGCCAGUCAAUUCCUCACUUUGCAGGGAGCAGUGGCACACAGUGACAUGCCAUUGGAAUCUGGGCCAACGCGCUUUCUGCCGUUCUCCCAGCUUUUCGAGGAAGGCUACAUGGCAUAUCGUCUAAAGGAGUUUCAAGAAUUGUUCGACAGGAAUUGGGUCUCGAUUGCCCUGGAGCUGGGCGAUGCGGUCUUCUUCAAUCCGGCGUUGUUCCACGCCGCGGGAGAGAACACCAGCACCAAAAUCGAACGGAGUGCGAAUCUCCUGCAGAUCAGCAGUGCAUUUGGGAAGACAAUGGAGAGCAUCGACACGGUUACGGUUAUCAAGAAAAGCUGGCCUAGUGUGCUACAAUUAUAUCAAGAGCAAAAAGCCCUGACAGUGGAGGUAGAUGCAAUCCUGAAAGCAAUCGCCCAGGGAUACCCGUUCCCGACAAAUCUUGACCGAAGACCCCCUGAGACGGGAGGUAUGGCACCGGAAAGCGAACUAGAUGUCUUGCGGAGAGCAGUUCAGGGAAGCUGGAGCACAGAGGUGGUUAUUGCGGCCAUUAAGUCGAUUCAGACUGACUCCCUGCCAUAA